CCAGCAGCAACAAGCAAAGGCAAAUUCCUCAGUUUACUCUCACGACUUGUCGCAUCACCAGAGAGUCGUCUCAUCCUGCCUCUCAAACAGUUUCCUCGUGUUGACAUUCCUUCGUCUGGUCAGUAAUUGGAUUCGAUUUAUUCGAAGGUGCUGUCCCAUUCUUCCUACUUUUUUCUUUAGAGAGAUUGACGUAUCUACGGACGUGCUUGCCUACAUUCCUCACACUUUUUGCAUAGCGUGUCGAGAAGCGACGACCCGUCGGGGUGACGAUGUUUGUUUUCAAUUUCUAAAACAGCGACGGUGCUCAAGGUAAACAAAGUUUGUAUGUUUUAUACAUACACGUGGAGAAGAUGGAGACCGUGUUAUAAAAACAUUUCCAGAAAUCGGGUCAAAUUCCAAAGUUUCCAAAAUAUUGUGUCCAUAUUACAAAAUCUAGUAGUAACGUUGGAAGUUGUUGAUGGUGCAAUUGUUCUCACUUAAAAAUACAUUUAUUCCUCCUGUAAAAGGAAACGCAAAGCAAAUUGGUUAUGAGAGAUGGCCACGAAAAUGGAUAGUUUCAAGAAAUGUUGGUAAUAAUUUACGUGCCUGUUUACUCUGUGGUUUACACUUUUAAAAUGUUUACAAAACAAAGUAAUGCAACUCCAUAAAUUGCAAUCUUGCAUGGCUACAAGACGACCAAAGAUGUUUACUUGACGUGGUUGUUGUGCUACACACUUUUUAUUCUGAGUUCCUAAAAUAGUUGGUGUCAUUUGUAAAUGGCUUCUGCAAGCACGUAUCGAAGUCCUUUGUCAGUCCCGACCCAAAUUGAUCCGUCGCAAAAACGUGACACGCCCACCAACUUUCCCUCCACGUCCAACUACAAUUCUUGCCCCUUUCGCCGAAGUCGUAGUCGAGUCCUUUAUGAUUCCGAGUAUGCAACUGGAACGUCAUGGGAAUUUCGCAGGAUUGACUCGCCCCAAUUGUAUCAAACGCAAAUGCAUCUCUCCGUCCUCCGGUCCCCUCAAGUGAACAUUAACAGUUCCCGUUUGAACUGCUCCCCGCUUCCCGUGAUGAUUGCUGACUCUUCUCCCGGAGUUCAUCAUCACCGGAGCAUUCCCUCCCCUCCCACGAAAGACGACUUAAGCGACGGAAGCCGGAACUCGACUGGGAGUUCGACAGGAAGUCAUCGAAGUCAGGACUCUGGUUUUUCCGACACUGGAGAAACGAGACCAUCUCGACGCAACUUGUCAAUAGCUUCGUCUCCCCAUCUACUUCAGAAUCUCAGCAAUUCUCCCUCCCUCCAAUUGCAGCACAACCAAUUCAUGGCCGCAGUGUCGUCCAGGGGUAGCAACAACAGCAACGGGAACAUUGUGGUUGACUCGUUUUGCGGCGUGGAUUCAAAUUUGAAUUACUUAUCGUCCAAUGGAACGUGUCAGCAGCACUUGCGAGGCAGGACAUCGGCCACGUUUAUCCACACGCACGAUCUGAACCACCCACACCACCUUUACCAACAACAUGAUGCUCAUCAGCCUCCCUAUUCUCUGGCUAAUGGCAACAACCACGUGUACGAAUGUUACUCUAAUCCAGUACCCAGCCCGAUACCGCACACGGGGUCAGGAUGCGGCGGAAAAGUAAUGACGAUCAGGAGGAGUGGAUCCACCUUCACGCUGCCCAAGGAAGCUCACACCCCUCACCCAACGGACUACGUCGAGAUUAACGGAAAUGGUGUCGUGGUUGGUGAAAAUUGUUCUAAUUGCAUCUACCAAGAGAUCGUCUUAUCGCAGCAUCAAAGCCAGUCACCUCCUCCACAAGGAGUCCACUCCUCGUAUCAUAAGAAUGGAAGCAAUUCCUCUCAGCAGCAGCAGUACCAACAACUACACAACGUUCAUUACCACUUGAGUCAGAAUCGGUCAAGUGCCGGAAAUUACGCUUUGUACAGCACCAUUUCUCCAGCGUCCGACGCAGCGGAACAAAAUGGUCACUUGGGGCAUCCCAUUUGUUCAUCUACACCGAAACGUGGAGGAAAUCUGUCUCCAUCUUCCAAUCCUUCCUCUCGAUUGUCCAUAAUGAAAAAGAUUGACAACUUUGAAAGCCUCAACAAAAACCAGCGAGCUCUGGACAACAAUAACAAUAGUAGCAACUCAAACUCCUCCGCCAAUGUGGUCAGCUCGUCUCCCACGUCGGCAAAAAAGGUCAAAAAUUCUCCAAAGAAUCUCAACCAUCAGUUGUCCUCAAGCUCUCAGGUUUCUUCACCUGCUCCUUCAACUCCUGCAGCAAAUACUUCCUCCUCCUCCACGGUAUCGCAUUAUGAGAAGCAUCAUAGUAGCAAAGGCUCAAAGAAACACUACAAACUCUCGCUUUCUUCCCUGUCAUCCUCCAACCCCCAAAAAUCGCCUCAGUCAAACAUAUCCGCGUCUUCACAAGUUUCAACGAGUGGGAACAAAACCGUGGUGUCGCGGGGACCCCUUCCUCUCCCUCCCACGCCGGAAGCUCAUCCCCCACAAACCAGCAGCCAUGAAAACAACAGCUUUACUCCCAACGAGGUUUCAACCUAUGCUAGUCACUCACAACUCAAGUCGUGUAUCAAAAGCAGUCCCAAAUGGAAGAAUAUUCCCAAGGGGUACAAACGCGUGUCCACUCGUGACCUGGCAGUCUCCUGCACGUCCGAUGCAGGCGUUCAAACUUGCUCUUCGGACGGGACGAUCGUGGUCAAGUCACACUUUGACAACGAAUCCAUGAGGCUGUGGCUGCACGAAUUAAGAUCUCAGACAGAAAAUGAAUGUUUCUACAUGUUGCAAACCAAGUCCAUAAUUUCCGAAGAGGACAAUGCCAACAACCAGAAGAAACACCAACAAAUGACCACUGUCACUUCCAACGCGUCCGAUUCUGACAGUGGGACGUAUGGGUCGCAAGGUAGUAGAUCGUCGGGAUCCGAUACGAAGAAAAAAUCCGUGGUGGAAGCCAUUCACAGCAUUUCUGCUCCAUUAAUGAGCAUCAAGAAUGUCGAGCAAAUGGCCAACGUCGUUUCUGCAGAGUUUGCCAAGAUUUGCAAAAAUAUCGAAUUUGGUUUCUUAUCACAAGUGCCUCGCUUAGUUCAGAACCUUGUCAGUUAUGUGGAAGAAUUCCUCCGAACGUUUCAAGGAACAUCGGUCUUCGGAAAUCUUCAAAAGUUGGAGCACAAAUUGUCCCGGUCGUGUCGUCGCCUCCACCGAUCGGCUCAAGUGAUGAUGGAGAUUUCUGGAAACUCGUCCGAAUACAAGCAGCCCACCAGCGUGCAUUCCAUCAUCGAGUCUGAAAACAUGAAGAAGGGGGAAGGUUAUCACGUCGCGGUGAGCGAGGUGGUCGACGGCAUCGUCACGGUGGGCAACCUAUUCAGCCAAGUUGUUGACUUGAGACUGACACGAGAUUUGACCUGCGUCCUGGACACGGUGGAAGGAGGCGGAGUUCCUGCAAAAGUUGCGCUAAAAUCCUUCGCCAACAUUCUGAUGGACGGAGGCAACCACUUGUGUCGGCUGGCAUCCGAGAUUCGCACGGUUCGAGGGAUGCUCAGUGUCAUUUUGGACGCCAAAGACGACUACUUAAUAAUUCUUUCACUUCGGUGUUUAGCCACCGUUCUCUGCGUUGGAGAAGCAGUCAAGGAUUUCGAUCGGGCGAGCGGAUUCGAAAUUGUGGCAGAUUUUAUGUAUGAACCAAUGUACUCCUUCGACCUCAAGAUUGAAGCGGUUGCCGUCCUGACACAAGCAACGGAUCCGUGGAUCGAUUUGGAAACCUCGUUAAGUACUUUGGGCGCAAAUUUGGAGAAGAUCGUGGUAGCGUUGACAAAUCUAAUUUCUGGCUGCAAAUCGUCCGAAGAACCGUUCCUACUCAUCGUCGCAGCCAUUUCCAACCUCACGUUUUUGGAAGUUUCUUCCGUAGAAAUCCUCCGAAGGUGUAAUACCGUUUCUUACAUUAUCAACGUAAUUGAGACGACGGGCUGCAACUUUUCCGUCUUUGUUUUGGACCACGUUGCUACUAUUUUAGCAAAUAUGGCAGGCGUUGAGUCAUGUCGGGAUUGCAUUGUGAAAUCUGGAGGUAUUCAUGCCCUGCUCAAAUUUCUCCAAAAACGACCCACACCCACUCUCGAAUCUGCGGCGGAAAUCAUGGCGUGUGAACGAGUCCAACAAAAAUCUACGAUUGCAAUGUCAAGACUAUGUGCCGAGGAAGGGGUGGCUCAGCUUAUUCUGGAAAGAGGAGGACUCCAUCGACUCAUCCAACUUUCUCGUAACGAAAAGGAACGAAAUUAUUCGGACGGAGUUUUAAUCGCUGCUUUGGCGACACUACGAAAACUGGUCUCCAUUUGUGGCGAUGGUGCAAUUCAAGGACUGCAAGCGGAUGAUUUAAUCCAACCACGACUUUUGGACUCAUUUCUCCUUUACUCCUCUCGUCAGGAGAGCUACGUUUAAGAUGACGUGAAUUUAUACUGUUUAGGUGCAUACGUUACACCGUCCAGAAUUAGAAUAAUAAUACGUUGUAAAAAUAGCACUAUUAAAUAUCUAUUACGAAUCCUCACCCCGUGCUGGAAAUGCAUGGAAAUUUGGAAAUGAAUGGCAAUUGCAGAUUAUACAUACAUGCAUAAAUAUUUAGGUAUGUCUCCACACAAUCUGAACUGUGUUGUGCAUAACUAUAUUUUAAUACGCAUUAAAAAUAAACAGGAAUGUGUCCUUGACUUCCGAUCACAUACCGAUGAAUUUUUGCGUAGAAUGUUAAGCUCUUCUUUGUAACUCUGAUAAACCAAAAUGUGCCUUCAAGUUUUUUAGAAUCUUGUUCACGCUUUAAAAUUUUGUGUGUGCAAUUUUCAUCGAGUUGUGAAUCCAGUAUGUUUUUGCGUAUGUAGGUAAUUUAAUUCCUAACUUAACCCUUUUGUAAAUCUUCAUGCUUGGAAUUUUUGCCUCAUUUUGGAAACUUUACCUGGUUUUUAAAUAGAAAUUUGGUACAUCUUCAUACUUGGAAUUUUGUCCGGUUUUUGGAAUGUUGUUUCAUUUUAGAAAUUUUGCCUGGUUUUUAGAAAUAUUGUUCCUUAUCAAUUAUACAUAAAACUAUGACUAUAACUAUGAAAAGGGAGUCCUCUAUUUUAUUUGCGGUAGGAUUUUAAUUGAUCAGGAUUGCCAUACAUAAAAUAUAUAUUUAAUAAAAGUACGAAUAUUUAUGAGUGAGGUACAUACGUCACGAUGAAUGACUUAAAUUAUUAAUUUGACUAUAAUGCAGUAAAAUUAAGUAAAAAAAAUGUGGGCGAAAGGAAAUUCUGCAUUGGAUAAUAAAAGUGCAUACAUGAUAAUUUUUUUGUGAAUUUCAUAACCAAUAUUUGUUCCAGGUUUUCUCUCGAUAAUUUCAGAAAAUAUAUAAUUUUUGUACAAGUAUGACAUUAUUUGAUUGAGAUAUUGUUUAUGCCAUCAAACCAAAUAUGCAAAUAUUAUGUAGCACAUCCCCAUGAACUUAUAUAACUUAUAUAACUUAACUCCACUAAAGUCAACUCGUCAGAAAAGCAAAUAAACAUUAAUUGCAAUAAUUUUGUACAAACUAUCCUUGGUCAGGUACUUAUCUUAACAUUUUUUUUGUAAAUUUUUGUAAAUUUUUGCUAAUCAAUGUAUAUGCAUUGUAAUUGUAGUUAUUUGUAUAUAAUUUUAUAAUUAGUUGAGCUUACAGAUUGAUUGCUAUUAAUUUAAACCAUGCAACAUAAAUUGUUAUUUCAAAGUAUUACAAUAAAUUCAGUCAUUCGAA